AUGGCAUCCUCCUUCUCACUGUCGGCAUGCUCACUGGAGGUGUCGCCUUUGUCGCCGUUCAACUGGCCUUUGCCUACGGUUUCCUCCAACCGCUAUGAGGAAGCCAACAACAACCGGGAGACAGCUCUCUUCGCCAAGCUAGGAUACGAUGAAGAGAAGGAGGUGGCCAUAGAUGAGGAAAAGAAGGACCCUGAGCUCGUGGAGGUGGACGGUGACGAGAUUGAGGAGGUGACCAAGACCAACGAUGAGCACAAAGAAGAGGAGGAGGAGGUGGUGGCCAAGACCGACUAUGAGAAUUCGAAGGAGGUUGUCAGCCACCUGAGAGGAGUGGCCAAGACCAACAACGAGCACAAAGAGGAGGAGGUGGUGGUGGUGGCCGAGACUGACUACGAGAAUCCUAAGGAGGUGACCGAGAUCGACGACAAGGACCCGGAGGAGCCCGAGGACGAUGACGAGGAGGAGGAAGUGGCUAAUGAGGACGACAAUGUCAACGACGAGGACAAUGAAGAUGAUGAAGGCAGUGAUGGGGAGGAGCAUCUGGAGGUAGAGUAUGGUGGCAGCAGCAGCGAUGGCGAGACCGAUCCCAACUACACAGGUUAUUCAUACUCGUCUAAUGAUGAUGACGCUGAUGACCUGCUGCCAUCAAAGCGUCUAAAGAUUGAGUAG